AUGUAUUCCGUAUUAACGAGAUGCAGUGCGCUGUUGACAUUGACCAUGACGAUUUUAUCGGCUAUAAUGUUCCUUUGCUUUUUAUCGACUGCGUUCGAUAAUCCAUCGACUUCGGUGAAGCUUGGUGUCGGGCGAGUAGCCGUUGACAGCGCCAACGAUUUUUCUCAAACUUACAAUGCUAAUAAUGAUCUUGGGUUAAUAACUAUUGACUUGGAAUCACAUUUGGAUCACCUGUUCAAUUGGAAUGUCAAGCAACUUUUCAUCUACCUGGCUGCCGAGUACAAAACUCCCGAUAAUGAGGUUAAUCAGGUCGUCCUGUGGGAUAAAAUUAUCAAAAGGGGAUCAAAAGCUUCUUUGGUGUAUCGCAAUAUGAAUUCCAAGUAUUACUUUUGGGAUGACGGACAUGGUUUGCGAGGGAACAAGAACGUGACUUUGAAGUUGUAUUGGAAUUCGAUUCCUAAUGUCGGGCUGUUAUCGUUUAAGCCUGCCAAAGGAUCUUUCAGUUUCGCUUUCCCAGAUCGCUAUACGGAACGUCGAAAAUAA